AUGCAAUCAUCACCGAACGAAAAGACGCACGAAACGUCUAAAGAUUAUUCAGCUGUGGUCUCAUCAACCGUAACAAAAGACUCCUCAACUAAUAUUUUGUCCGAAGAAUCUGUACAAGUAGCAACUGAGAAAGAACUAAAUGAUAACGCUGUUACUAGUGCGUCAAAUGCGAUCGCAGAAUUCUCAUCAAAUAGAAAAGAAUCGCAUUCGUCAAGAACCUCUUCCAUUGAAUAUACCGUUACAAAAACAACAAAGGUUGGCCAAGUAGCAUCAGUUGCAUCCGUAUCAGAUGCAUACACGCAAUCAAGCUCAAAUCAAGCGGAUUUCGAAACACCAGUAGAAAUGUCAUUAAGCACAUCACCAAAUUAUAACGAAGGCGAUUUACAAAAAGAAUUAUCAGCAGCAAUGAUGAUGAAUCGAGAAAUAAGACAAUCUUCAAAUGAAACCAAAUCACCUGAAGAUCCUACAGUUGUUAUUGCGCAAUAUACGGAAAUCCCAAAUGAAAACGAACUUGAAAACUUGGCGUCGGAUCAUGGCUUGGAAAAUUUAAUAAAUGAAUCAGAAUUGAAUUCUUCCGUAGGCUCGUUGGUUGAUGACGCAUCGGACUCGAAUGUGAAGGCUUUAUCAAGCGAGAAUGAACCUCACUUGCCUGAAGCUUCUUUAAUUGAAGUCGAGUCGGAAUCUGAUAAUCAUUCAUUAUUCAGUAAAGAGGAAGUUAAUUCACAUGAAGACUGGUUUAUUGAGAACGCGUCGGACAUAGAAACACAAGCACCACUGUAUGUUGAAAAAGAACCAGGUUGUUUUCAAAAAGCUUCAGCUGAAAAUAAUUCGGAUAUUGAAAUGGAUAAAAUAUUGAUUGAAGCGGAAACCGAUUUCAUUGAAGACUCGUCGGUUGCUAUCAUGUCGGAUCCAAAUAUUGACACGACAAUAGGCGUGUGCCGAUCGUCAAUAGAAAGUGAUUCAAAAAAGCCAGUUUUUCAUGCUGGUUCACAAGACAUUUUGAAACCCAAGCAUUCGAUUUCGACUUUAUUCUCUCAAAUUGACACGUUGGGUGUUGAUUCUGAUACAGAUAUACAUGUACAUGGUGCCGAAAUGAAUCCAGCAACUUUUAUUCCCGUUUCUACAUCACGAGAACAAACAUUGAAGACAGCUAAAGUCAACCACGAAUUAAAAACGACUCAGGGACUUACUGUUUCUGAUUCUCAAAUACCAAUGAAAACAUCUAUGGUUACUACAUCUAUCUCGGAUUUGAAGCAUGAUCAUCUACAUGUAUCCGAAUCAGAACCGAUCGACGAAAUUUCACGUUCAGCACCCGAUACACGUUUUUACAUAGCUAGACUGAGCAAUCCAAAUUCUCCGGAUAUCCAUAAUGUUCCUUAUUUAACACGCUUAACGGACUCUCCCAUUGAUAAUUUGAGAAAUUCAAGAUUUUUUCCACAUUCGGAAUCACCAAUAUCAAUAAAUUUAAAACCAUUUUUGGAUAUAAUUCCAUCAAUGGAAUCGAAAUACAUGCACAAUCAACAGUUAUCUUUAACGCCUGAAACAAACAAUACACAAAUUAAAUCAUCAAAAACUUCCAACUCAGUUGAGGAAAAUAAGAUUUUCACGCGAAAUGGUCUAAACAGCAUAAUAUUACGUAAUAUCGCUCAUAAAUAUUUCCCCCCAGAACGAAAACUUUCUGAAUCAUUAUCAAUCUGUCAACAAAGUGCCAAUUUGUUUGAAUUUCAAUCUUGUAUUCACGAAAGCAAUCCGGUUAUACUAGCUGAGAAUGAAGAUACGACGCCAUCUAGAGGUCUCAUGGAUUAUACUGCAUUAUCGGAAUAUGGCAACUUUUGGGGCGCUAAACCUUCUAGAUGGCUAUACAUUUCUAACGUGCCGAAAAAUACUGAUCGACGCGCAUUAAUCAAUUUAUUAUGGGCUCAAGGAGAAGUAAACAAUGUACUUGUUGGGCUUUUGGACUCUGAAGGACUCAUUUAUGUAGUGUAUUAUGACAUUAGAGACGCAAUGAAAGCACGUAAAGUACUUCAAGGAUACUUGCUAGGUGAUAGUUAUUUGAACGCUGAAUUUUGUUCAAGACCGUUCUCCAAGAAGGCGGCUGACUUGGAUGACCUAGAACAAUGGGAAUGGGACAACGAAGGAAUAAUUUUGUUACAUGUCCUUGGAAGAAGACUAGAAGAGUCCAGAAUUAAAAACGAAUUCAGCAUAUAUGGAGAUAUUUUAUCAGUAAAACCCUUAUUAAAUUCGAAAAAUUCUCAGAGAAUGCUAAUUGAAUACUAUGAUACUAGAGAUGCGGCUGACGCCAAGCAAAUUGCGGACGAUAAAUUAAUUCGUAAUGCGACAUUGAAGAUCGAAUUUUAUAAUCAUGAAGUUUAUUCGUGGAAAGCGAUUUACAAACCUAAAGAAGAGGCUUUGGAUAACCCAUUACGUGAAACAUCUCCUGAAUGCGGACCAAAUACGGCUAGACAAAUUGUAGCUCGUCAAAACAGUAGCAUUAUUGCAUCUGGAAACCGUACGAUCUCUGCUCAUAAUGCAAUUGACGUUGCGAAAAUAGCACGAGGUCAGGAUGAUAGGACUACAUUUAUGAUUAGAAACAUUCCCAACAAAUAUACUCAGCGGAUGUUGUUGGAAACCCUCGACGCGACCCACAAAGGGCAGUACGAUUUUAUAUACCUAAGAAUUGACUUUAAAAAUCGCUGCAAUGUGGGGUACGCAUUUAUUAAUUUUGUUGACACCAACGCGGUGCUCUCGUUCAUCGAGAACCGCGUUGGGCAAGCACGCCUUGAUCGAAAAAUUCCGAAACAGCAGCGUGAUGAGGGAGGCGCCGGAAUACCGGCCAAAAAUCUUCUUCUCUUAUGGGAGCUUGCGGGGGGUGGAACAACCAUUCCUUCCUUCCCGUUAGUCCCAUAA